AAGAGAAAAUGGCGCUGAGCGGGCGCUUGGAAGUGUUGUUACGGGUGCCAUUUCUUGUCCUUUUGGAGUGGCUUUUGUGCUUGGAUAUAAAACAGUACAGUGAUUUAGUUCCUUAUGGAAGAAUUUUUCAGCUAACUGGUGAGUUAGAUGUAAUUUAUGUUUGUCGCGGUGGUGAUUCUGCUGAUCACACUUCGCUGUUGUACAUACUGAGUGAGAAAAAGAUCGAUUCGUUGAUUUCGACAUGGAAUUUUAAUUAAGCUUAUUGUUUAGUAAUGUGUCUUAAAUACGUAACCUUUUUCAAGAAAUGUUUGUCUUAAAUUAAGGGCUAUUCUCACUGUGAACGAAGCAAAAGGUAAACAAUGUCACUGAUUUAAAGCUUCCUCGAUUGCCUUGAUAACUUACUGUUUUAGCUUAAUUUAAGCUGAUCUUUUAAUGCAGGUCUCCCUAUUUUGAAUACCCCCACCACCACCACCACCACGUCGGGGGGAUAUGCACCCUUGGGGAAUUGUGAUUUGUGUAUUGUUUGAUGUCUCUAUUGCCAGUGAAACAAAAUAAUUAUCAAGGCAUUGUCCAAAUAUCCUCACCUUUGAUGAGAGUAGAUGUUGUGAAUGUUUUAAACUCUGUCAUGCAUGCGCAUGGAUUUUGUUACUUGUUGAGGAGAAAUUGUCACAAAACCAUCACAGCAUUUCUUGAAAUGCUUUAGUAGUUUGAGCAACUCUCUCAAAUUUGGUAUACUCACGCAUGUGUAGUGUAACUUUGUUGGAUCAUGUUUACUGUAGGUAGCCUCAACUGAAAUGUUGGUUGAUAUAUUGGUCAAUAAUCGGUUGAUCGUCAACCUGGGUUGAUAGUCGGUCGACAGUUGGUCGAAAGUCGGUUGACAGUUGGUCAAAAGUCGUUUGACAGUCGUUUGACAGUCGGUCAACAUACUGGUCUAGAUAUAUGUCGGCCAAUAUAAUUAUCUUUUAGCUCACCAAUACCCUGCCGACACUUUGCCAUAACUUCACCGAUAAUUCACCGAGUAUCAGUCGACUAUCAGUUGAUAUAUAGGUCGAUAGUCGGUUUAUACUUGUCCGAGUUAUCACUCAACAUCGGUUAAUAGUCAUAAGAUGGUCAAUCAAUCUAUUGGUCGAGCUGAUAAUCAUUCAACAUAUGGGUCGAGUUGUUUGUCGGUCUUUAUAGUUUUCAUUCUGUUGCCAAUAGCACUAAAGAAAAUGAAAGUAGAAAAAAAAAACGGAAAUAUUGAACAAUUUGGAACCCUCCAAGUUCAAUUUUUCCUUUGGUGGCCAUUUGGUGACCAACUCUUUUGGUUUAGUUGCCAAAGGAUUCUUUUAGGCACCAAGUACGUAUUAAUAAUUAGAGUUUUAAUAAUUGGUUAACAAUUAGUUUGGGCUUAAAAAUGGAUGAGCUUGGGUGCGAAGAAUUGCAAGCAAGCAACUGCAUAUAUAAGUCAUGAGGUGCCCCUGCUAUAGGCAGCGGGCCACCCCUAGUAUAGCUGGGGAGACUGCAGACCAGCAUUGCUUCGAGGUUAACUUUGCCUAAUUACAUUUGGCCACAAAAAACGACAAACAAAAAUACCGCUUGGGGGAUCGCAAUAAAUACCUUUUGCUUUAUUUUUGGUUAAAACAUUUAAGACAAUAUUGUUUUUUAUGAAGUUUAGAUUCAUCUGGUGAUAAUGUUGUGCUGGUGUGCAAUGGUCGCUUUUUAGUAUUUAAAAAAUGAUUCAACAUUUCAUGUUACACAAAUUUAUUUUAAAAUUUUUCUUGCCGACUUUAACUUUCUGCUUUUCCAUUUAUUUUAACCCCCAAAAUAUAUAUUUAUUUGCAUUGUAAUAGUCUUUCCAGUUUAGCCACACAUGCAGUUUCCGAGGGAAAGUUAUGAAAAUCAAAUCGACUGCGUGCCAAUUGCCAUGCAUUACGCAGUUAAGAAAAUGUUACGUGCUAGAUAACCUACUUGAGCUCAGUGGAGCAGAACAAUAUUUUAGUAGAAACCUUAGCGAAGCAAGCAUUUGUUUGAGUGAAUAUCGACAGCAUCUUCUAAUCUUCUCUCUCUGGGAUAUCACAGAGGACCUUAUCAUUUCAGUACAAUUAAGACAAUUGAUUAUCUUUUUCGUUUCCUCAAGUAUCAGUUUUCUGUGGUCACCAACUUGGCGACUAUUUUCCGGAUCAAGUUGGUAAUACUAAAAUUUUAGUCGCCAUGGCGCCUAAAGUGGUCACAGCUUGGAGAGAUGAUUUGUUCAAAAAACAACAGUUGAGUUUGUUUUUGACGGAGAUGUAAGGGAAAAGGAAACCCUUAAGUGGCCUUAAGUAACAGAGUUAUUUAACCCAUUGCCACGUGGUGAUUAUUGAAAAGCUGCGCACUUUUUGGACAAUUUCUGGUCAGUUAUGAGUCAAAAUUACUCAAAAUGAAACAUGAGAGCAUGCCUUUAUUUGCACCAGCAUCCUGUUUUAUGACUUUUUACGCACGGGCGUACAGAAAAGUUGAACCCAACCUCUUAAGACUUUUCCCAUUUUUUUCGCUGUUCUUGUCUUCAGCUGCUGUUGUUAACUUUCCAUUGGGCUCUCUUUCAGUUCAAGAAUUUUUGAGAAAGCAUUAUCCAAAUGGGAAAUUCUUACCAAGGGAUAAGAGAACAUGUAGACACAUGACUCAAAUGCGAAAAAUUUGCUGUAAUAGUUCAUGCUAUUGAAAAGAAAGGAGGAAAAAAUUCAUUACUUUAUGGCACUGAGCUGUAAUUGAAUGUAAUAUAUAGAGGAUAUUACACGGUGGCGCGAAGAUAUGAAUUUUAUUUUCAUGUGCAAAAUUCAUAUCUUCAAGCCGACAGGUAAUGUUCUUUUUAUUAUAUAGACAAAAAGACAUCGAUAAAAUAAUAGAGGGAAAAGACCGAAAUUACGUCAUCGAUAAUCUCAUGUGUGAGAUUAUGGAAAAUAAAGCACUCGGGUCCCGGAUGUAGUUUUUAUGAAUUUUACGAGUGGUAUAUCUUCCAGUAAAACACUGGUGUCUAUAUAAUAAAAAUAAUUACAGCACAUUUUGAAAUUUCCGUCUCCACAUUUUCAUUACCAUUGUUUACAGGUCUUGAUUUCAUAACAACCACCACGUGUUGACAUAUUUUCCUAUUUUGGCAAGCUCAUGAUCCGCCUGUGUAUCUGCUGACGACCUCGUCAAUGACUGCUUUGAAAGUUGUCAGAGCAUCUGCCAGAUUUUAUUUAGGAGAAUGUAUUGGCAUUUAGUUGUUUGUUUUCCCUCUACUGUGAGAUCACUAUAUUAAGUAUCAUAAUUUGCAAGAUUUGCUAAGAAGAACGUAUUGAUCUAUACUGGCUUAUACAGGUGACAUCACCUCCCCUUAUAUUCCAAACAACGUAUAAAAUAGGCUAUGUUCUGUUUUGUUCUUUUGGUGAUCUGAUCUGCUCUAAGAGAUCUGUGGAUUUAUUCAUUGUUCAAAUAACCUUUAGGCCUUGUAUUUUCUUGGCCAAGGGAAUUGUACUCAAAUUUAAUUUAUGUUGCAAAAUAUAUAUUUUUUAAUUUUAAGUAUUUUAAGAAUAUUAUUUUGCAUUUCAGGAAUUGUUAUUUGUCUGGCACUAUUCCUCGUGGGCCGAGAUGAGCUGAUCAGUUUCUACAGUCAUGCUUUGUUCAUUACUGUUGUGACAUUUACUUUGUACCUGAAUGCUUACAAUAGCUACAAUCUAUAUGCUGUCCUGGAAGAGCAAGGAAUAUCAAGUCUUGCUGAUCAUGGUGCAAUGUCAUUACUACUUGUAAUCAUGGCAGCUUGGGUUGUUUAUGUCAUAUCGCUGGUGCUUUAUUCCAGGGUAUAUCACUCCAUCAAGCCAGUGCUUUUUUCGUUAACAACUUUUCCUCUAAUGUUGCGUUACAUGUCACCAUCAAACCAGUUGGAAGAUCCUCCAUUAUGGCUCUGCUGUUGUUUUGGCUAUUCAUUUUACGCUAGUCUUAUGUGUAUUUACCAGUGUGUUUAUGACAUUACUUGCCAUAUUUUUACUUCAGUGCAAAUUAUUAAGUGGAUGUACCGCAUGUAUGGCCUGACAGUCACUGCUGUGUUCCACUGGCGCAGGGUACAGAUACCAACCUGCAUGAUUCAUUUAUGGACGUGGUUAUUCCUGUACCACAGUACAAAUUUUUUACUUUUCUCUAGUGAAUCUGUAACAACUUUGCAGGCAUUUAACUUAACAAUGGCAUUGACUUGCAACUCUGUAUUAUCUAUGACAUCUUGUUGUUUUGUGAUUUAUAAGCUGUCUGGGUAUAUUUUGAAUCUAGUAAAGCGUUACCAUCAAGAGGAUAACAUAGCCCCCCCUACUGAUCCAUACAGCUCUCCAGAAGGCCUUAGAGAAGGAUUCGGCUUCUUUUUUCUUGGACUAUACACUGGUCUUUCAAGUUCAACCAUAAGUAGAAAACUGGUGCUUCUGGAGCUAAUAUUUUACCUCAUCGUGUCGGCAUUGGUGAGGUCUAUGUUUGAAAUAGCUGAGCCCAUUCUUUUGGGUCUUGCGUCGCAGCCAAGUAUCUCCUACCGCAAGCAUUGCAGGAUAUUAUCAUUCUGUAUUUUUCUGCUUGGUUCAUCUAUUUAUCUGGCAAUCAACUUGUACUCAUUGAAAGAGAAAAUACCUUUUAUUACUCCUAAUGUUAUCACCAUUGCUCAGAUUAUUGCUGCUUUAAUUUUGUACUUCUUGUAUGUUUAUGAAUCGCACCAAAGUCAAAUAUGGGAAGCACUUGAUGACUACGUCUACUUUAUCAAUGGCUCAUGCAAAGUGUUUGAAUUUGUGGUCAUUUCAGCUGUUUUGUUCUAUCGAGUCUGUGACUUUAGUCUGGAGUGGACUCUGUUCCAGAUGGUCAUGGCAGUGCUUCAUCUUUACUUUAAUAUUUGGACACCUGCCAAAGAAGGCUGGAUGAGCCUUAAACAGCGACAUCAGGUGAAUCAAAGAUUAAAUUCCUUGCCCUCAGCAACCGAAAAGGAAAUUGAUGAACUAGAGGAUGUCUGUUCAAUCUGCUUAGAAGAGUUGAAGGCUGCUAAAGUUACUCCAUGCAAACAUUAUUUUCACAGCUUAUGCCUUCGUAAAUGGUUGAAUGUACAGAACAAAUGUCCCAUGUGUCAUACUGCGCUAUUGUCAUUGUAAAUACAAUGACUAAGAUGCUGAAAAUAUGGGAUAUUUAGUUAAUUAGAAUCAACUGUUGCUCAACAACAGGUGCAUAGAUAACCGUUAUUCACCGAAGUGGAGGUGGCUAGUUAGAAUUAUCUGUUAUGGAAGUUUUCAUAAUACAUUUUAGUAAAAUCCAACUAGUGGUCUAUUAUCAAUGCUGCGUUCUGAUUGGCUGAGCUACUACUAGGCUAUAUGUUAUAGCCCACUAGUAGCAAAAAGCGUGGGCUUUUUGGCGACAAAAAAGGAUU